AUGAGGUCUUCCAAUGCGAUCUGUGGCACUUCCAGACGCGCGCCGUCUUUGAAGAGCGUAACUGGUGGCAAUUUCAAGGUGAUCAUCCAGAACUUUGACUUGCCUGCCUGUGUCCUAAGUUUUCCUUGGAAUAUCGACGACAUGAGCGGAGUUUGCAGUUCUGUGGUGAGUUCCUUGUCGAGAGCAUUUAGUAGCCACACCAGAAAGUCCCGCGGCUCACUUUGGUGGUUCAAAGAGAACUUCUUGUUGGUCAAUGUUGAAAUGUACUGUAUUAGUUCGUGCGAGGAUAUGUGGGCCUUGAACAAGUUUGGCGAGUACAUCUUGCGCACAAGCAGUGACAGUUUGGCUGCAAGGUUGGUCUUGUGCAGUUUGGAUGGAUUCAGUAACAGGAAGUCUCUCAAUGGCUCGACAUGGGCCAAACAUUGA